AAAAUGACCAACUUUCCCUUUUCCCUUCUCUUUAUAAUUAUCAUCUUCUUCCCACCACCAUUGAGUGCUCUUAGCUAUAAUGUUGUCAGUUUUGGAGCUAAGCCUGAUGGCCGAACGGUGUCCACUGCCCCUUUUCUCAAGGCUUGGGCGUCUGCUUGUAACUCGGCUGCACCUUCUUCCAUAUAUGUUCCUAAGGGAAGGUUCUUACUUAAAGGCAUUGUGUUCAGAGGUCCUUGUAAGAACCAAAUCACAUUCCGAAUAGAUGGCACGCUUGUGGCUCCCUCGGAUUAUCGUGGCCUUGGAAAUUCGGAUUCUUGGAUUUUGUUCUCUAAAGUUAACAAAGUCUUUGUCGUCGGCGGUACUCUUGAUGCGCGGGGUGCGAGUUAUUGGGCGUGCAAGAGAUCUGGGAAGAGUUGCCCCGUUGGAGCUCCGUCGAUGACAUUCAAUUGGGCAAACAACAUCGUGAUCAAUGGAUUAACGUCGAUCAAUAGCCGACAAACUCAUCUUGUAAUCAAUGCCUGCAAGAAGGUGCUUGUUCAAAAUGUGAAGGCAAUAGCGCCAGACCAAAGCCCCAACACAGAUGGAAUUCACGUUCAAACUUCUAUGGAUGUUACAAUCACUAGCAGUACGCUACAAACAGGAGACGAUUGUGUAUCAAUCGGUGCAGGAACUUAUAAUUUGUUCAUGACUAAUCUCAAAUGUGGACCAGGCCAUGGCGUAAGCAUUGGAAGCUUGGGCAAGGAGCUCAACGAAGAUGGAGUUCAAAACAUAACCUUAAAGGACUCAAUAUUCACAGGGUCCGACAAUGGCAUAAGGAUAAAAACAUGGGCUAGACCAAGCAAAGGCUUUGUCAGGAACAUCCUCUUCGAUAACAUUAUCAUGAACAAUGCCAAAAAUCCAAUCGUAAUCGAUCAAAAUUACUGUCCUGAUAACAAAGGUUGUCCUAGACAGAGUUCGGGCAUACAAAUCAGCAAAGUUAUGUACCGAAAUAUUCGAGGAACAUCAGCAACCCCAGAAGGUGUGAAUUUCGAUUGCAGUGUUACAAAUCCAUGCAGAGAAAUAAAGCUACAAAACAUAAAGCUUCUUUAUAAGAACAAAGCAGCCAUGUCGUCAUGCAAGAACGUUCGUCGAUCCGCUAAUGCCAUGUUGAUGCCUCGGAGCUGCUUGUAGCAAAGAAAUUUGGAUCGUCUCGCCAUGAAUAAGUAAAUAUUAAGUAUUAAAUGGUUUAAGAUUCGAUUUUUAUUUGAUUAGAGUAGAAGAUUAAGUAUUCAUGACGUUGCUUGUUUAUAGGGUGUGAAUGAUGUACGGUGACAGUUUAUUGUUAGAGAUUGGGGCUUGUGAUGUUGUAUUGUCUAUUAACUAAUGAUUGAUAAUCAUCAAUGCAAUCAUUGAGACAAUCA